CGGAGCCGGAGCGGGGAAGGGAUUUGCCGUCGGACAGGAAGUGGUGGGACGGUGAGCGGUACUCGGCAGUGCGGGCUGUGCUUAGGCGGUGAGGGAGGAAGGAAUCGCUCGAAGGGCCGAUUGGCCGGCAGCGGGACGCGAACACAGGUUAAAAACAUGGCUACAAUGGAAAUGGAUCAAGAACUUGCCAAAAAGCUGUUCUUUGAAGGAGGCACUCUUAUCAUACUUGGAGUUCCUGAAGGCACUGAAUUUGGCAUUGAUUAUAACUGUUGGCAAUUGGGACCAAAGUUUAAAGGGGUAAAGAUGAUCCCACCAGGAAUCCACUUCAUGCAUUGCAGUGCUGUGAAUUGCAGAGGUGGUCAGGUAACAGGACCACGCACUGGUUGUUUCUUUCAUAUAAAACAGAGGGAAAUUCUUGUAAGGCGAUGGGACAAGAAAGAGGAAGAAAUUAUUCUGAUGGAGGUCUCUGAAGAAGAGUUGGGACGGAUAAGAGAGAAUCUGACUGAACUUGACAAGUCCUUGGGGCCGUAUCCAUAUGACACGAUGAAAAGAUGGGUCUCUUUGACCAAUCUCAUUACUGAUCCCUUGAUUCAGAGGCUGCAGCCUGUAAGUGGAAAAAUCAGUGCUUUUUGUGAAGUUCAACCAGAACUAGUAAUGCCACAUACAAAAGAUCGAGUGGAGCAGAAUCUAUUGCCUUAUGAUACAUUAUGCAAAAGUUAUGAGGAGGGUUUAGCUAGGCUGCCCAAAAUGAAGAUUAAGGCUGGUACAGAGAUCAGAUUCUCAAAGAUUCCGAGUCGGAAGUAUCCGGAGGGGGCAUCCCCAGCUGAAAUAACAAAAUAUAAUAUGGACUUCAGCUAUGCUCUGGAAACUGUAAUAAACCAGCGGUACUCAUCAAACCCGAAAGAUAUUCUAGGGGAACUGCAGUUUUCUUUUGUGUGCUUCCUGAUUGGUAAUGUCUACGAUGCGUUUGAGCACUGGAAAGACCUACUUCGUCUACUCUGUCACUCUGAGGAAGCUGUGACAAAACAAAAGGAUCUCUAUUCUGCCCUCAUCUCUGUCCUCUAUCACCAGCUUAAUGAAAUUCCUGCUGACUUCUUUGUGGAUAUAGUCUCCAAGGAUAACUUCCUAACCACAACUUUACAGGAAUUCUUCUCUUACUCGUGUGGCCCUAAUGUGGACAAAGCUCUACAAAAACGUGUGGAAAAAUUUAAAGCUCAUUUAACCAAAAAGUUCAAGUGGGAUUUUGAUGAAGAACCUGAUGAUUGUGCCCCAGUAAUGGUUGAGUUACCCGAAGGAGUGACCCUGGACUGACUUAUUCCAUUAAGGAACUAACUGAUUGAAGCUUGUAAAUUUUUUAAUUAUUUGAAAGUAUGUGACUUUUGUGUAUAACAACUGAAAAACCAUGUAAAAUUACAAAAAAAAUUGCUGAUGUUUCAAAUGCAGUUGUAAAAUACACUUCUAUGUUGAGUAUAUACAUUUUGUGUAUCAUUUGAAAUGUUUGUUUUUAUGGUGUCCAAACUGAACAGAUUAAAAAGAUGUCCAG